AUGUCUUCCAAACCUGCUAUCGGAUUCUGCGGCCUAGGUGCGAUGGGAAUGGGCAUGGCCACAAACCUCGUCAAGCAAGGCUACCCCGUAACCGGCUUCGACGUCUACCCUCCGUCUCUGGAAAAAUUCGCAAACGCAGGAGGCAAGCCCUCGUCAUCGCUCUCCGAAUCAGCAAAGGACAAGGCCUUCUACAUCGUCAUGGUAGCGUCAGCGCCACAGGCUCAACCCGCGCUGUUCGGCGACGACGGCAUCGUGAAAGCACUUCCCCAAGGCGCCACGCUGAUCUUGUGCUCGACGGUAGCGAGCCAGUAUGUCAAGAGCGUGGAGGAAGAGUUGAAAGAUGUAGGCCGGGGAGACAUUUUCUUCAUCGACGCGCCUGUUUCUGGCGGUGCGGGACGGGCUGCAGAUGGUACGUUGUCGAUCAUGGCAGGCGCGUCGUCUGCAGCGUUCGAAAAGGGAAAAUGGCUGCUUCAAGAGAUGAGCGCGCCGAGCAAAUUAUUCAUUGUAGAAGGUGGAAUCGGCGCGGGAAGUAAUAUGAAAAUGGUCCAUCAAGUACUCGCAGCGAUUCAGAUCCUUGCUGUCUCGGAAGCGUAUGGGUUUGCGGCUAGGUUGGGCUUGAACGGCAAGGAGGUACAUGAUGCAGUGCUCAAGAGUCAGGGGUGGAGUUGGAUGUUUGAGAAUAGGAGUCAGAGGACGCUGAAGGAGGAUUAUUUCCCAGGUGCGAGUGCUGUGACGAUUAUUUUGAAAGACACUGGCAUCAUAACAUACAUGUCCCGCAGCCUCAACUUCCCCGCCAAACUCUGCUCCGUCGCGGAACAAGUCUACUUCUCCGCUCUGGACCGCGGCUGGGGUGCCAACGACGAUGCCGGUCUCGUUCGUCUUUGGACCUCGGAACCUGUUUCUUCCAUCAACACAUCGGCUGCCGACAAAGACGCAGCUCUCCAGCUCGUCGUUGACCUACUAACUGGCAUCCAUCUUGUUUCUGCUGCCGAGUCAAUUUCACUAGCGCAAAAUGUUGGCAUCCCACUUCCACAGCUUUACGAGUUGGCAUGUGAUGCUGCCGGUGGAAGUUCAAUGUUCAAGGACGCUGGUGGCAAAAUGAUUGAGGUUUUGGAGAAGAAGGGCGAUGGAAAGGCCAGCGUACUAGGGGGGUACGCAGAGAAGUUGAAGAUUGCGGUGGACAAGGCACAAGAGAUCAAAUGCCCGGUUUUCUUGGGCAGUGCUGCAUUGAACACUUUAUUAGCGACUGGUCCAGAGUUGAGUCUGGUAGCACUUUUGGAGGGAUAUAGCGUAAAAUAGGCAAAGGAGACGAGAAGAAACGUAGCAAUGUAUUGCGAUCUUUGAUAUUGCUAUGGAAAUCACUUCAGGGAUGUCGGAGAGAAUCAGCCUCGGGAUUCCACUUGAGAGUGAUUUAAGCAUCAGAUCAAUCGUAUAUUUGU